ACGUGAGCGGCUAUUGAGGGCGGCCAGGGUGCCGGUGGGCUCCCCCAUCUGCUCGGUGUGCGGGCUGAGCUUCGAUGGAGGACCAACAAGUUAAAUUGACAUGUGUGGCAAGGUGUGGCCGUGCCUGAGCGAGCUGGAGGCCCACCGGCUGCUGCACACGGGAGAACGUCCCUUCAACUGCAGCAAGAGCUUCACUCACUACAAGUACUUGCAGGGGCACAACAGCAUGCACUCCAGCGAGACGCCCUUCACCUGCUCCAACUGCAGCAUGAGCUUCAAGACGGCGAAUCACCUGAAGAUACACCGGCAGGUGCACACGGGCGAGAAGCCCUAUGGCUGCUCCACCUGCGACAUGAACUUUGUCCAGUUGUCGGGGCUAAGGCAGCACCUGCUGGUGCACAGCAGUGAGCGGCCCUUCACCUGCUCCGACUGCGGCAAAGGCUUCAAGUCGUCCAAUUACCUGAAGAGGCACAGGCGCCUGCACGCCAGCGAGUACCCCUUCACCUGCAGCGACUGCGGCAAAGGCUUCACCCAGUCCAAAGAACUGCUGUCCCACCGGCGCCUCCACACUGGGGAGCACCCCUACCGCUGCACCGAGUGCGGCAAGAGCUUCAUCCAGUCCAGUCACCUGCUGGACCACCAGCGCACCCACACUGGGGAGCGGCCCUACACCUGCGCCCAGUGCGGCAAGGGCUUCACCCACUCAAACACCCUGCUGUCCCACCAGCGCACCCACACCGGGGAGCGGCCCUACACCUGCACCCAGUGCGACAAGCGCUUCACCCGGUCCAGUCACCUGCUGGAGCACCAGCGCACCCACACCGCGGAGCGGCCCUACAUCUGCGACCAAUGCGGCAAGUACUUCAUCUGCUCCAGCAGCUUGCUGGUGCACCAGCGCACCCACACCGGCGAGCGCCCCUAUCACUGCGACCAAUGCGGCAAGCGCUUCACCCACUCCAGCACCCUGCUGGAGCACCAGCGCACCCACACUGGGGAGCGGCCCUACACCUGCGCCCAGUGCGGCAAGGGCUUCAUCCAGUCCUCUCACCUGCUGGAGCACCAGCACACCCACACUGGGGAGCGCCCCUACACCUGCACCCAGUGCGGCAAGGGCUUCACCCACUCCAGUCACCUGCUGGAGCAUCAACACACCCACACCGGCGAGCGCCCCUACACCUGCGCCCAGUGCGGCAAGAGCUUCACCCACUCAAACACCCUGCUGUCCCACAAGCGCACCCACACCGGGGAGCGACCCUACACCUGCACCCAGUGCGACAAGCGCUUCACCCAGUCCAGUCACCUGCUGGAGCACCAGCGCACCCACACAAAGGAGCGCCCCUACGCCUGUGCCCAGUGCGGCAAGAGCUUCACCCACUCAAGCACCCUGCUGUCCCACCAGCGCACCCACACCGGGGAGCGCCCCUACACCUGCGCCCAGUGCGGCAAGAGCUUCACCCACUCAAACACCCUGCUGUCCCACAAGCGCACCCACACCGGGGAGCGACCCUACACCUGCGCCCAGUGCGGCAAGAGCUUCACCCACUCAAACACCCUGCUGUCCCACAAGCGCACCCACACCGGGGAGCGACCCUACACCUGCACCCAGUGCGACAAGCGCUUCACCCAGUCCAGUCACCUGCUGGAGCACCAGCGCACCCACACCAAGGAGCGCCCCUACGCCUGUGCCCAGUGCGGCAAGAGCUUCACCCACUCAAGCACCCUGCUGUCCCACCAGCGCACCCACACCGGGGAGCGCCCCUACAUCUGCACCCAGUGCGGCAAGAGCUUCACCCACUCCAGCACCCUGCUGGAGCACCAGCGCACCCACACUGGGGAGCGGCCCUACACCUGCGCCCAGUGCGGCAAGGGCUUCAUCCACUCCUCUCACCUGCUGGAGCACCAGCGCACCCACACUGGGGAGCGCCCCUACACCUGCACCCAGUGCGGCAAGGGCUUCACCCACUCCAGUCACCUGCUGGAGCAUCAACACACCCACACCGGCGAGCGCCCCUACACCUGCGCCCAGUGCGGCAAGAGCUUCACCCACUCAAACACCCUGCUGUCCCACAAGCGCACCCACACCGGGGAGCGACCCUACACCUGCACCCAGUGCGACAAGCGCUUCACCCAGUCCAGUCACCUGCUGGAGCACCAGCGCACCCACACCAAGGAGCGCCCGUACGCCUGUGCCCAGUGCGGCAAGAGCUUCACCCACUCAAGCACCCUGCUGUCCCACCAGCGCACCCACACCGGGGAGCGCCCCUACACCUGCGCCCAGUGCGGCAAGAGCUUCACCCACUCAAACACCCUGCUGUCGCACAAGCGCACCCACACCGGGGAGCGACCCUACACCUGCACCCAGUGCGACGAGCGCUUCACCCAGUCCAGUCACCUGCUGGAGCACCAGCACACCCACACCAAGGAGCGCCCCAACACCUGCGUCCAGUGCGGCAAGGGCUUCACCAGCUCCUCCAAGCUGCUGUCCCACCAGCGGGUGCACUCCGGCGACCGUCCCGUUCCCAGCCCGGUGUGUGGAGAGCGCUUUGCCAUGGCCUCCCACGCCCUGUCUCACCAGCGCGUGCACACCAUUGGCCAGCCCUACGACUGCCCGUACUGUGGUGAG